UUCUUCUUCUUCACCAGUCUCUCCUCGUUUUGUUUGGUGAGAAAACGAUGGCCGAUGGAUUUGGCUAUGGAGGUUUCUCCGGAGUACCGUACCCGUUUUGGCUAGCUUCUCCGUCUCCGCAUCCUCCAGCUUCUGCGCCGCCGUUUCUGCCAAGGAAUCCUGUUGAAUCCUAUGAUCCAACCCAAGAAGUGUUUGAUCCGAUGAUAUAUCAUGGCUCUUAUCAACGAUCGCCGGUUGAUUGGUCGAAUAACCCAUCGUAUCGUGAAAUUUCUCGCUCUCAUACGCCUUCUUCAUCGUUUUACGCUGACAAUAAUCGACCUGGAAAUUAUGGUCGCAUGGGUGAAGAUUCUUCUAAAGACAUGUUAUCACCGAGUGGAUUUUACUCUUCAAGGGAAUCAUCAUCUGAUUUUGUGUCACAUCCCACUGAGAAUUUCUCGGAGAGGCAACGUUUGAGCUUGUUGCCUACCUAUAACUCACCUACGUUAGCUCCUGUGUCUUCUUAUGCAGAUAUGCUUAUCCUAAAUUCUCAGGAACCAUUCUUUACGCCUAUCACGUCUUCUGGUGUGUACUCCUCUAGCAAUACUCUUGAUGAGAAACGUCCUGGAUAUUACUAUCCUGGCUCGGAUAGAAGACCUGAAACUAUGAAUCUUGCACCUGGUUUUCAUGUGGAGCCUAACCUAUGUGUUACAGAUUGUAAAUCAUCUUUGCCAAUGUCAAAUUUGAAAACACAAGCUGUCUUUGAUGGAAGUCAGACUGGGAUUCAUUUAGGAGAUGGAAGAUCAUUCCCUAGCAACAGUGAUGUUUAUAGUCAUGCACCUGAGAAUAUUGCUGGAGCUCAAUCCAGCUUGCAUGGUUCUUCGAUUGAACCAGUUAACUUUGAUGUGCUGCUUGGAUAUGGUGAAGCUACUGGUCAUGUCAAGCCUUCACCCGAGAAUCCAGAUCUUCACAAUCGGAUAGUUGGCUCGCAAGGUUCGAGAAGUCCACAAUCUUCCCACCCGCUACCAUCUGAUAUCAAAUCCUCGGUGUCACUGAUUACGGAUAAACUGGAAGGUAGUGGUGUCUCCUCCUUUUGUCAGAGGCCUUAUACCUUGGUUGCGGACAGUGAUAAUGGUGUUUCUGAGAGCUCCUUGAAGAAUGAAAUUGAAGAUUUAAACUGUGACGAGCCUCGAUCUUGGAGCCACUUCGUGGUGUCUUCUGAGGGACCUUCAGCUCCGACGAUGUUUUCUAUGGGAAGUGACUCACGUGGUGCAGUGAAAGUGGAUAGUGAGAAUGCUCAAUCGGCUGUCAACUAUAAACUCCCUUUUGAAGGUAGUACUAAUCAACCUAGUGAAGAUGUUCCCGCCAACCAAAAGCCUUGUAGGCUCCAGGGACAAACAUUUGAUAUAAUGAAUAGAGAUAAGAAGACCAGAUUGUUGACAGAUCUGGGUCUCGAUUUGAGUAGUAGAUCAAUUGCAGAUGAUGUUUCAACUGGCAGAUCACCUGAAAGGCACUUAUGUGAUCAAGAAGAUUUCCCAUCUCCAACUUCUUCUCCAAGAGUUUCUUCCGUAGUUAAUGCUAUGCAUAAUCUGUCAGAAGUGCUUGUUUAUGAAUGCUUUAACAAUGGAAGCUGGCUGAAGCUGGAGCAACUUGAGAACCUUGAUAAAGUAGUAGAUAAUCUCACCAAGUGCUUGAAGAAAAUUACUGAUGAUAAGACAACUGCAGGGGAAGCGUCACUUCCAAAUCAAGCUGUGAAUGUUACCUGUCCAAACGUGGUUGACCUUCCUGAGGCUGCAAAGGAAGUUGUUAAAGGCUUUCAAGGCUCUAAUGUCAAGCCACUAGACAGUCUUCGCGUCGAAAAUCCGGUGGAUAAGAAUGAGAUGACCCAGAGUAUUAGGAACAUACUUGCUUCCAACUUUCCUGAUGGUGAAGAAAGUCACCCACAAACUCUCUUGUACAAGAAUCUCUGGCUCGAAACUGAAGCUGCCUUAUGUUCCACAACUUGCAUGGCUCGGUAUCAUCAGAUCAAGAACGAGAUUGGUAAUCUUAGAUUUAACGAUAAAGAGAUCUCUGCAGAUGCAGAAACCUUUAUGCAGGAACCUUCUCUUAACCCUCAGAAAUCGGUUCCCAUCAUGAACUCUGCGAAUGAAGAGCAGGAGACAACUGGAUCGAUCAUCAAACAUGGAAGCAAUUGUGGGGACAAUGUAGUAACAAUGAGUCAUGACGCACCACAAAGCUCUAGAUUCAACUCAGAUCAUGUGGAUGCGGUAUUAUCGCUUAUGUCCAAAAGCUUUACUGGUGGUUUCGAACACACCAUUCAUGGAAACGUAAGGCCUGAUGAUGCUGCAACCUCUGGAAAGAUACCAGAUGCGACACGACAGGAAUUCCCUGCAUCCACUACAGAGAACGAACAUAAUGAUGUUAUAGACCAGUUCCAGAUUCUUAAGCAUCAAGAAAUAGAGCGCAAACUCAAGUCUCAGAAGAACCCAGAUUCAGACAUUGAUGUUAUGGACCGGUUUCAGAUUCUGAAGCAGCAGGAAACAAAUCGCAAACUCAAGACUCAAAACUGCCCAGAGACCAAUAUCGGUGACCAGGAGGAGAAUCCAGAAGCGGAGAUGGCUAUUAUUGGCAGAAGCAGUCACGUGGGUGACGUGAUGAAUAGAUUCCAGAUACUGAAACGCAGGGAAGCUGAGCAAGUGCAGAAAUCUCUCAACAACUUGGAUAUGGAUUCAGAUUCAGACAAUGACCAGCAACGAAUGUGUGAUCAUCUCUGGUCAGCUUCGAUGUUAACAGUACCUGAAAAUUCUCCGAUAGAGACAUGCGCUGGCGAAACAGAACCAUCUACAUCCGGAAAAGGCUACGAGAGCCCAGCCUCGGACUGGGAACAUGUCCUCAAGGAUGAUUGAGUAGUGGAACUCUCGUGGGCAAGAAGUAAUUCGAUCCUCUAAUGAAGCUUGUUAGUAUAAAUAAAAAGGAUUUGUGGAACAACAUGAACGCCAUUUAUGAAAACGUGUGUUGUGUAUGAUAGGGGAUGAAACUGCGUAAAGUGGUAUUACUGAUUUCAAAAUAUGGUCUAGUUUUUAGUAGUA